AUGUUGCCACAAAACUUGUACAAGAUGCCUCUAUCUGUACGAUUUCUAUUGCGAUUUGCUAGGACAAUGCGAGAAGAAAAACCAUUGAAGGUGGCCAUUGAUUCUGGUGUCUUUGGAUAUGAACAAGAAACUUACCUUAACAAAGAUGACAUCAUUGAAUUUUGUUCGAUGGAACCACUGUCUACUGUUUGCAUGACAAUCUACAUGAGACAUCUAUGGUCAUCAUUAAAGAAAGAUCAUAAGGAUAACUUGUAUGGAUUUGCGGAUCCAUCUUCCUUCUCUCAUGAUUCUGGAAAACGAGAUGAAAGAUCGUUUGCGUUGUCAGUAAGAUUAGAGAAAAGCAAGGAACAACAAUUGAUUUUUGCUCCUUACAAUUUUGGGUUUCACUGGGUUAUGGUUGUAAUUAAUCCUUAUAGUGAUAUGGUGUAUUACUUGGACUCUCUUAAUCCUGUUGACAUAGAUCAUGGAUUAAAAGGUGUUAUAGACGUUGCUCUAAGAAUGUUUAAUGCCCAAAAAGGAAGGAAUCGGAAAAAUGCUAUUUGGAAAAUCAUACAGUGUCCUACUCAAGCGGGAAAAGUGGAAUGUGGAUAUUACGUAAUGAGGUUCAUGAAAGCAAUCAUUGAAGAUCCAACCAUAUUAACAAGAAGCAAGUUCAACAACCAAAGUUACAAUCAAGAAGAGAUAGAUGAUGUUCGAGUAGAGUGGGCUGAUCUUGUUGAAACAUUACUCCAAGAUGAUGUAGAAUAGUUUGGUUAGUAUAUUUUGAAAUGUAUAUAUUAAGCUGAGUUUUUGUGCAUGCCCAUGUAAAGUUUAGAUCAGCUAGCUUUUUGUAAGCACUAGAAGUACAUGUAAUGUGAUCUCACCGAGACUUGUGGUUGGCAUGUGUAUUUUGGAUGCCACGAGGCUUGGGAUAAUUUGUACACAUUGCUUGGAAUCUCCAUGACAAAAAUAGUGCGUC